GGUGGUAUGAAUGAAAAGCGAGCAAAUGCUCUUAAGUAUAAGCAACAGCUAUAAGCUUAUGCUGAAAGUAAAAGGUCCGAGUAUAAGCAUUUGCUCCGAUUUGUAUGAAUAAUGAUUUGCUUUUACUUAUGAGCAUCUGCUUAGAUCAAAUGAGGAUUUGCUCGUCUAACUCGUCGUGACUUGUAUAAAUCGGUGCCGCAGUUGUUAUACUUACGCUCUUAGUAUUUGAUGUUUGUGUUUAUUUACCUAACCUAACAUACUGAAUUAUACCCUUAGAAGUUUAAUGCUUUGUAUAAACCAGUAAUUUGUAAGACAACAAUGUCGGCAGAAGAAAAUGGUGACGAUGUAUCAAGCAACAAUUUGCUAGUAGCAUUGCAGUUGCAAAAAAGGCCGGAAAUUCUAUGGAAAACACAAAUUCCGCAGAAAAAAACAUUGAAAGAUGAAGCCUUGAGGCAAUCAGUUCUUGAGCUAGAACGUCAAUUGGGAAAACCAUUAACCUCUUCUCAAUUGAUGAAAAAAGUAAACAAUAUGAAAACGAGGCUAAAAAGCAAAGUGGACAAAAACAAAACCGGGAAUAAAAAAAUCGUUUUAUGCCAGUGGGAAAAAAUUUUGCACGAAUUAAUGGAUGGAGAGGAUAAUCCGACUAUAAGCAAAAUUCCUGGAGCAAAAAGUAUUGGACCUCCUACCACCAAAAUAAACAAAAACAACGAAGAUUUAUCAUCUUCUAUAUUGCUUGAGUCUGAGCAGACGGAUGAAUUUAGGCCCCAAAUAGCUUCCCUUGUGCCACCUCGACCUACAAAACAUCAAACGAAGAAGAAUUUAGAAACAUAUGAAACAGAAGAAACUUCCAAACUCACUACUCAGGAAUUGCAACGAUUGGUACUUAUCGAACAAUUGGAGACCACUCGUGUUCAAAGGCAGUAUUAUCGAGAAAUGAUGCAAAAAUCCAAUACCGGUCGCUCUUAUUAUGAGCCUGAUGGAAACGAAAACGAUAAUGAUGUACCUAGGUACGCAGUGCUUUAAAGAAAUAAUAAAUUUGGUUUAGAUAGAUACUUUGGUACUAACAAUAUGAUAUGAUUCCAUGCAAAGAUUACAUUUACAAAACAUGUUUUUUGUUAAGGGAUAUUUGUUAUUUUUAUAAAAUGAUUUUUCUUAAG